GUUUGGUGUGAUGAUCGGCGAUGACGGGUCUCUGCCAUGGGAGCACACCGGUUUGUGCUUACGACACGGUCUCGCGCUGGAGCCGCGAUCGUUUUCGGAGACCACUUGCGCGUUCGAGGACCCAUGCGGUCGGAAAUACGCCAGCGAUUUUUCCUUCGUUGCGUCGGUCGUCUUGUUGGCAGUUCUAUUUAAGGCAGGCUAGUACUUUAUUCUCCAGCUGCUUGAGGCCUCUUUCUGAGUCGCAAUUACUUACGCUUGAUAUCAAGGCGACCGUCACAUAAGUUGCUCCCUAGACUAGGGCUAAUGAGACUAGACUAGCACUAAUCUAUACCUGCACACUGGUUGCAGCCUGCGGCUGGAAAACGCUGUGCCUUUGUGGAGC